GGAACGGAGAAACAUAAGAACAGUUUUCCACGGGUGUUCUAAGCAAACGCUGUAGAAAUCAAUGCACCUGGUAGAAAUCGUGCGGAUGUUACUGGCUAGUUUUACUUUUAUUAUCGUCACAUUAAAAAUACAAGUUGCAGCUGUCCUUAGACACCGUCGGGGACUGCUCAAUCUGUGUGCUUAAUUUGUUUGUGCUCUUCAGACGCUGCUGCGUGAGUGACCGAAUGUUGUUGCGUACUCUGCUUAAUUCUUCAUCUGUGCUAUUCAGGUGCGGCACCCGUAUUCGCGGAAUGGAGGCAGUCAACGUUCACACGAUGUCCACCGAACCAAACGUGGUAGCUAAUCGAGAAAAGUACCUAAAUAUGACUUUGGACGAGCGACGGCAGCAUUAUAAAUGUGGAAAGAAAUUCGCUGUGUUGGAAGACCUAAUGGACUGGCCCACUUAUGGGCGUCUAAAGGACUGCACUAAAAAGGUGGAAACAAAAUGGCCAGUAAAGCCAGAACUGAAUCGAAAAAUCUGCAUUUUCGAGGGUGAUAUUACAACCCUUGAAAUCGAUGCUAUCGUAAAUGCGGCCAACAAUCGGCUGAUGGGCGGUGGGGGAGUAGAUGGGGCGAUUCAUCGAGCCGCCGGACCUCAGCUCAUUGAGGAGUGUGCCACUCUGAACGGAUGCGAUACCGGGGAUGCUAAGGUUACAGGCGGUUAUAAACUUCCGGCCAAAUAUAUAAUCCAUACAGUUGGCCCGAUCGGUGAAAACGAAGCUAAGCUUCAUCGGUGUUAUCUUAUCUGUCUGGAGACGGCUAAAGCGAAUCGAAUACGUCACAUUGCUUUCCCGUGUGUUUCAACUGGCGUAUACGGCUAUCCGAAUAAAAAUGCUGCCCACGUGGCAUUAUCCACAAUUCGAGAGUGGCUUGAAAGAGACGAGAAUGCCACACAGGUGGACCGCAUCAUUUUCUGCCUGUUUCUUCCUGUUGAUGUGAAAGCCUAUAAGGAUCUUUUAAACACGUAUUUUCCACUUGCCGAGUAAGGCCGUAUCAGUGUUCUAGCGCGUCGUAUCAGUCAGCUAUCGAACACACUGAUGAUCGUUGUAUUUCGAUCUGGCCGGAGAGAAUUCGCCAGAAUGCACGGUAUCCGGGGAGGCUCGAUCCAAGCUCUAUUUUAAUGAAAAAGAUUUCGAAUAUUAUUAGUAUUUUUCAAAAUAUUUAAAAAAAGUGCAUUCUAGUGGUAAUCUGAAGUUAAUCGUUAUCAGAGAAAUACGGAGAAAAGUAAUAAAGGCAUGUUAUGAAUGAACAGAUACAGUGAUUUUGAUGUAUGUUAUGAUCCGAUGAGGACGCCCAACGAACCAGUGUCCCGUAGCAACACAUUUUACAGCCAUAAUUUCUCUAACGCGUACGCAUUACGAUUGGAACUCGUCACAAGUAGUAGGAGCCCUACUGUUGCUAUGCCUUAACAAAUGUCUAUCUACACACAAUAGUAGUUACUUAUCUUGAUCCGGGUUACCCAAUGGAGGAAAAAAGCUACUGACUAAGCAUUUUCUGCCAAAGGUUUAUUUUGAGUAACUCUUCUAGUGGUAAAUAA